AUGGCGAAGGAAAAGAGGCAUGACCCACAAGAUGGGAACAAGGGUACGCUCGAUUUCAUGCCCCUUUUCGCCAAGGAGUUGCUCGCCGGCGGCCUCGCCGGUGGCUUCGCCAAGACCGUCGUCGCUCCUCUCGAGCGUGUGAAGAUUCUCUUUCAGACGCGGAGGACUGAGUUUCAGAGCACAGGACUGAUAGGAUCAGCUGUCAGAAUUGCCAAAACGGAAGGCCUUCUGGGUUUUUACAAAGGAAAUGGAGCGAGUGUUGCAAGGAUUAUUCCUUACGCUGCUAUUCACUAUAUGUCUUACGAGGAAUACCGCAGAUGGAUUGGAAAAACUUUUCCUGAUGUUUGGAAAGGUCCUACCCUUGACCUUGUGGCAGGGUCACUCUCUGGAGGGACAGCUGUACUUUUUACUUAUCCACUUGAUUUGACUCGAACCAAGUUAGCUUAUCAGAUUGUUAGUCCAACAAAGUCGAGUGCUUUGGGGAUGGUUAAUAAUGAACAAGCUUACAGAGGGAUCAUUGAUUGUCUUACAAGGACUUAUAGAGAGGGUGGCACUAGGGGUCUCUAUCGUGGAGUGGCUCCAACUCUCGUUGGAAUAUUCCCAUACGCGGGUUUGAAAUUCUACUUCUAUGAGGAAAUGAAGCGGCAUGUCCCUGAGGAGUACAAUAAAAGCAUCAUGGCCAAACUCACGUGUGGAUCUGUAGCAGGGUUAUUGGGUCAGACCUUCACAUAUCCUCUUGAAGUUGUUAGGAGGCAAAUGCAGGUUCAAAAACUCCAGCCAUCUGAUAAUGCCGAAUUGAAGGGGACUCUGAAAUCUAUUGUUUUGAUUGCCCAAAAGCAAGGCUGGAAGCAGCUGUUUUCAGGGCUGAGCAUCAAUUACAUAAAGGUUGUUCCAUCUGCGGCCAUCAGCUUUACAGUUUAUGAUACUAUUAAAUUAUACCUGAGAGUUCCAUCAAGAGAAAAAGCUGCAGUUGAAAAUUGA